CGGACUCCCCCUUGUACCUUUCCAUCAAUCCCAUUUCCUAGUAUACAGGGGAGAAAGCUCUCAUGUGACGUCACGAUCUCCCCACAAGAUAAGCCCGAGCUUUAUUUCCGCGCAGCAAUGAUUUACGGUAUAAAAAGACACUGGGACGGAGAGGAUUUCUCACCGGCGAGCCGCUGUAAUUACGAGGGGCAGGGGGAAAGUUUGACAAGCUCCACUCUACGCUGGACCGGGACCCAACUCUGCGCCUCGGCUGCAAGUCUCAGCAGAUGACAUCUGAAUGCACCCAAAGUUCGACCGCGGCUCAAGUGCGCAUCCAGUCGAAUUUAUUUUUCCACUCAUUAAUGACAGUCGGUGAGAAGAAACGGUUGGGGGAGAGGAAGAGCCACGUCCGACAUGCGCGGGACAAUGUGAAUUUACAAGACGUGAGAGUGGACGGCGCGCUACCAACACGGAAAAAUCGGAAAAUGGGCAUGCUUAGCGUGGACUUGUUGGUGACUUUGCAGAUACUGCCGGGCUUCUUUUCAAACUGCCUGUUCUGCGUGCUGUACGACUCGGUGGUGCUGGUGAAACGGGUGGUGUCACUUCUGAGCUGCUCCGGGUCUUCAGCAGGCGGCGAGUGGCAGCGCAUGCUAACCUCAGCCGGCGUACGCUCCAUCUGGAACAGCUUUCUACUGGAUGCCUACAAGCAGGUCAAGCUUGGCAGUGAAGCGCCCAACUCCAAGGUCGUAAAGGUCAACGGCAUGGUGGCCAACGCCGCCGCCGCCACCACUACUGCCACCAGUCGCCGCUUCCCGCCCAUGACCCCCAACCUCGCCAUGCCAACCGCUGCCAUGGCGACCGCCACCACCACCACGACCUCUGGCGUUGGCGUUGGCGGUGGUGGCGGCGGAGGGCCCGAGUGCCACCUGCUGGACUUCGAGUCGUCAGACCGGCCGCUGGUGGUGAACUUCGGCUCGGCCACCUGACCUCCCUUCAUCAGCCAACUGCCCUUGUUCCGGCGGCUGGUGGAGGAGUACUCAGACGUGGCGGACUUCCUGCUGGUCUACAUCGACGAGGCGCACCCCUCGGACGGCUGGGCGGCGCCGCCCAUGGCCCCGUGCUCCUUCCGCGUGCGCAAGCACCGCAGCCUAGAGGAGCGGGUGCUGGCUGCCCGGCGCCUGCUGGCCAGCUUCUCCCUGCCGCCGCAGUGCCACCUGGUGGCCGACUGCAUGGACAACAACGCCAACGUGGCCUACGGCGUGUCGUACGAGCGCGUCUGCAUCGUGCAGAAGAGGAAGAUCGCCUACCUGGGCGGCAAGGGGCCCUUCUUCUACAACCUGAAGGAGGUGGGCCAGUGGCUGGAGGAGAGCUAUGGCCAGCGGUAGUGUCCAUUUCACACAGAGAGAGUGAGCCACAGACAUAAAGUGUGUGUGUGUGUGUGUGAGUGUGAGAGGCAAGAGUGAGAGUGUAAGUGAGUGAGACAAUGCGUGUGUGACAGAGAGAUUGAGAGAGAGAAUGAAGCAGAAAAGAGUGAUUGGGAGAUAGAGAAAUAGAGUGAGAAAGGUAGCGUGUGAGAGAUAGAGAGUGAAAGAGAGUGUUAGAUAGAGAGAUAAAGUGGCAUCUUCCUUAAAGAGAGAGAGUAAUUUAUUUUUAUACCGUGAAAAAGAAAGGAAGGUGUAACGUUCAGAACUGUUUUAAGUUUACCACCACAACCUUCAACAACAGACAGUUCGACAGAGGAAACAACACAGAAAGACAGACUCUCUGCAACCCUCGACAGAGGAAAAAAAAAGAACACACAAACACUCUCCACAACCAUCCAAUGGCAAUGUGGAUUGUGUGGUCAGUGGACGAAGUCCACGUGGACUUAGCAAACUCGACAUGUACCGCUAAUGCACUAUGUAACUCUUCAAUGUAACAUUCACUAGCAAUGACGUCUGUCUCCUCAAGAGCAAAAAAAAGAGAUAUCAGUCCAAUAUGUCAACUUUACAGCAUGACGCAAACGACCCUUUUCAAAAAAAAGAAAACCAAAUUGCAGAAUAGAGAUGAAGCACAAGCACCCAACUUUUAUACAAAAAAAAGAGAAAGAAACAAGAAAUUAAUUUAUUUUAUUGAGUUGUAAUGUUUAUUUGUUUUUACUCCAUCGUAACAUAUGCCUAAUUUCUAUUUGUAUGCACUUGCAAAGAUUUUUUUGUGGAGGUGACAAUCUGUUACUUAUAUAUUAUUAUUUUUUUGUGUUCAGAUGUACUGACAUGAAUGUCCCCAGCUUGCUCUUGCUCCAGUGUUCGUGUCAGCACAUGCCUUCUAUAAUCCACAUGAAGCAUCGAGCCUAAAGGGCCAUAGUCAUACAGCAGGCCUACCGUACGUACAACUCUAUACUCAACUCAACACUAUAUCCAAUACUACAGUUACUACAGUAUAUUCAUUCGUCCUUUCAAUCGUACAUUCAUUCAUUCAUUAUGUCCAAUGCUACAUUUACUAUAUCGAUCACACUUGCUGAAAACUUCUUUUUCAUUAAUUAAUUAAUUCAUUCUUUCAUACAGUAUACCCAAUGCUACAGUUACGAUAUCGAUCACACUUGCUGAAAACUUCUUUUUCAUUCUUUCAUUCAUUCAUUCAUUCAUUCAUUCAUUCAUUCAUUCAUUCAUUCAUUCAUUCAUUCAUUCGUGUAUUUUGCCGUUCGUACAGCAUUAUGGUUGGAUAUCUGCAAUGCAUAGCUUAGCUGCUGGAAGAGGCUCGGAGAGGCUAAGAGUCAUUGUUGGCGAUUUGAAUAUAUGGGGCACAUGAACAUGGCUGGAAACAGUUAAAGGUGUUUGGACACACUUGGGGGAGGACACAAACAUACACACCACACACAUGCACACACACACAGACAUACACACUGCACACACACACGCACACUCACACACAUAUACACACCGCACAGACACACACCGACUCACACACAGACAUACAUACUGCACACACGCACACACAGGGAAGUCGACAGGGGGGACAAAGGGGUCACUUGACCCGGGCCCAGAUGGAGAGGGGUUUGGGUUUCCAUUACAUUGUAUGUAUUGAAUGGGGAGCCCUUUCAGAUGACUUUGUCCUGGGCCCAGCAAAAGCUGUCAGCGGGCCUGCUCACACACGUACACACUGCACAGACACACACACACAGACACACAUACACACACACACACACACACAGUUGGAGGAGGGGGCGGUGGCGUCAGGCCUGGCUUAGCUUGGCUUGGCACCGCACUGCCCUGCCGGGACACUGCACUAGUAUGUGGGAGCGAUCGAGAUGAUUUGUUCCAGGAAGUCUGAUAGAAGAAAGCCUAUUCGUAAGUGGUGGUUGAUCACUGUUGUUCUUCUUGUUUGCUGUUAUUAUUUUUUUUUCUAUUUUAUUGUUUUAAGAAAAAAGAACUAUCCAAAAUCACUUCCAUGGUCAGUUAUAAAAGUCCGUCGGACAUGAUGCAGACCCGGGUUCGGUGUCCCUGACGGAGUUGGAUGUAUGGAUGAAAAUCAUUGACGAAAGGGUGUCCCUCCCUGUCUCUGGUUGGAUGUGUUUUAAAAACGCUACAUCCGGCUCUGACGGCGGACGCCAAACCAGGCGUCUGUGUGUAUAUGACACACGCUCAUCACGCCUGCCCAUAUACUGUCUACCUUACCUGGGCGAACAGUACAGCCAUAGGUGUUCUGCUUUCUUUCCAUUUCCAUGUAGUGCUGCUUUUUACAACUGAGAAAGAAAAGAAAAAAAAGGAGAGGAGGAGGAGGAGGAG